AUGUCACAAUCAUCCUGCAGCUGCCACAUGGCUCCGCAAUUCACGGCGCCGCAGCAGUCGCACGAAGCCCCUUCGCUCCGACUCCCACCAGCCAAAAGGCUGCGACUGUUCGGGCAGCAGAUCCAAACGUCGCCAGUUGUCGCUCAACCUGCCAGCGACUGUUCGCCGUGCGAUAUUGCUAGGUCGGCGCUCACGUCGCCCACGUCACAGACACUUUCGGGAUCGAGCAGCUCGUCCUCCACAGAACGGUUACCACCCCCGCUUUUCCCGCUUUUCGACCCGUCGAUGCCAGACCCAACGACAGAGGCUCGUUACUGCACUUCCGAUCCUUGCCACGUGUCGUCAUCCACGCCGUCGCUUUCGGAUCUCGGCGACGACAUCCUUCGUCAGAUUCUCCAGGCGAUGAGGCCGACGGCGUGGGAUCUCAGCCGGCUUGCUUGCGUCAGCGUGACGUGGAAGAACCUCUGCUACAGCCGGCAAUUCUGGACGAAGCUUCGCAUCGGCUCCGGUGCCAUGCACCCCGGUAUGGCAAAGCUCGCGCCGCGUUGCAGGAGCCUCACGGACCUCUUCAUUGACGACCCGCGGUGCGAGCUCCACGUACUUAAUCCCAUAAUCGUCGCGUGCGCCUCGUCGCUGCGCCGCGUCGUCCUAGACUGCGACUCGAUCGCCGCGGCGGCGGUAGCCGCGGCUCCGGGACCCGCCGCCGCCGCCGCAGCCGCCGCCGGGAACGGCGCCCCUCGCGGGAACGCGGAAUCGUCGAUCUGCAACCUCCUAUGGCUCAUCUCGCUCCACUGCCGCAACGUCUCGAAAAUAGAGCUUCUCUCCUCGCGCGCUUCCGCGGCAGCCGCAGCGGCAGAUUCCGCGAGAACCGGUGCAGGAAACGGUGUGGGCAACGGCGCAACCAACGGCGCAGCGAACGGCGCGAGCACGAGCUCCGCGUUCGCGAUCCUGCUGGAGUCGCGACUAAUGUGGUUUCUCACGACCGCGUUCCGCGGGAUCCGGCACUUCUCGUGCGUGCUCCCGAACAGCAUGACGACGCAGACGACGUGCCUGAUGGCGAUCGCAUGGCGUCGCCUGUCGUCGCUGCGACUCCACUGCGGCGCGCUCCAGUUCGCCGACCUCCUGGCGCUGCGGAAAUGCGGCGGACUCAAGAGCCUCGAGCUUGUGGGCGGCAAACUGGAGGAUACGUCCAAAACGGCUGAUGCCUCGCUUGGUUUUGGUUCGCAGGGGCAGCCGGAGGAAGGGGAGAGAUUGGCUAGUCUGGAGGUGCUUGUAUUGAACGGGUGUGACUAUGACCCUGUGACUGUGGCCAAUCUUGCCUGGCACGCGCCGAAGCUGCAGCGGAUUGUAGUGAAGGGUGAGAGUCGAGACAUCAGUGCGGCAAAGAGCAGUUUUGUCACGGGGAGCAGCAGCGUAUUAUUUAGCCGAAACAACAGCAGCGGAAGCAGCAGCAGUCAUGAGUCUUCAACGGUGGGGGAGAGCAUAGCAGUUGAUGCUCUUCCUUCAGGCAGAGACACAGCCAGCCUCCAAGUCACUCCGAUCCUCUCUCCCUCGCAUGCACGUGCCAUGGUUGCAGCGUCGAUUACGGUGAGGGCAGGCAAUCAGACAGCAGGAGAUUUAGAAUGGCUGGCUGGGAUUGUUGAGGCAUUGACUCGCCAAAAUCGCACGGGAGCAAUGCCAGUACCUGGCAGUAAUGGGACAAACCUCUUGUCUGCUGAUCCGUUUGCUCGACUUAGAUCGAGCCUUUCCGAGGUGGGAAGGGGCCAUGUGAGAGUUGGUUCACCCCAAAUAGCAGCUUCCAUGAAGUAG